AUGGACUCCAGAGAAAAGCAAGUUCAACCACAAAAAUUUACGUUUACAGUACCGGAGGAGCCGCAGCGGUGGUGUCCAUGCGGUGUCUGCAGCCUCAUUUGCCGCCUCGGUCGCAGGGCGGUGCGCCGGGGCCAAUGCCAGGCGUCAGGCACGGCUGAGCUGAGGCGGCUGGUGCAGAGCCGCAGCUCCUCGUCCUGCACUCACGCUGCGGCGGGGCAGUGCCGACCGGUCGGGCUGCGCACUGGCGUUUGCGAGGCUGCCUCGGAGAGCUGUCCCCUCAAGAAGACUCCGUGCCUCCUGAGUCCCGGGACUGGAGAUCAACCAGAUCACUUGUAUGCACAAAGUUGCUUUGAAUCUGCCUUUCCAAACAAGGGCUGCAGCAGACGCUAUAGCAAGGUUGAAGCUUUAUCCUACUCUGUAUGGACAUUAGUCCACCCUCUACUUCAGGGAGCUCAAACUGAUGAAGACCUCCCAGCCAGCCACCCGGGACAUGCUGGUGAGCGCCCUGGUGACAGUUUUUCCAGCUGGAACCAUCUCCACCACCUCCCAGGGCUCCCACCUGGAUGUCAGCACCAUGUCAUGGUUCUUGGAGAAACUGUUCAGGAGAGGUGCAUGGGGAUGCAGGACCUCUGGGAGGAGCCCCUGGAGGACUCCACACAAUCUCUUAUCUCAGAUGAAGAGCAGGUGCACCAGUCCACAGACCACAACCAGUGCCAAACUGAGAGCUCCGCGCAGGGGGUCCGUGAGGAGCCACUGGAGAACUCUAAACAUCCACCGUUUUUGGAUGAAGAGCAGGUGCACCAGGCCAUCAACCGCAGCCAGCGCCAGACUGGGUAUGGAAAUGAGUCAACCCUCUACUUCAGAGAGCUCAAACUGAUGAGGACCUCCCAGCCAGCCACCCGGGACAUGCUGGUGAGCGCCCUGGUGCUGGUCUUUCUGGCUCGAACCAUCUCCUCCACCACCUCCAAGGGCUCCUACCUGGAUGUCAGCACCAUGUCAUGGUUCUUGGAGAAACUGUUCAGGAGCUCACACCCCCUCACUGACCACAGCACCGGGAGCCCAGACUGGAGUGAUGAUGAGCACCCUGCUGACCCUCCGGCCUCCAGUCACAGCCCUGAGGGCCCAGGUGUGCAGAGAACCACCUCUUCCAUCUGCAUCUCCUGGCCAGAAGGAUACCCUGUGGUCCUCGACCAGUCUCUGAACAUUGCAGGGCUCAUGUUUAAGGUGGCUUGUAUAGAGGUCACCGCAUCCACAUCACACCUGGGGCAUCUAGCAAAGAUUUCUCUUGCCUGGCUGGAGCAACUCGGGCCCAUUGGCACAGACCCAGAGGGUGAGAUGGCGACAGUUGACCAGCUUCACAAAGAAGGACAAUCACUCCCAGUGCUGGCCAUAGAACCAGCACUGGCAGAUCUGGGAGAGCAGAGGCCUGCUCUGGAGCCAGGUGCGCCUGCAUCCCUGUAUCUGCUCCUGUAUAUGGAGCCAGCUCCAGGGCCAGGGUCAAGGGCAGUACCAGCACCUAGGACAGAGCCACCGCCAGUGAUAACAGGAAAGGCAAAACCAGAGGCAAUUCCACACCUCUGCCUUCCAUGGACUGUGAUUGAGAAAAAGCUGUGCAGGGCGCGGCCGUCUCCCAUCAUGGCCUACACAGCCCAACAUCUGGCUCAACAGCUGACACUUAUGGAUGAGGGCAUCAUUCUCUUUCUUGGAAUCUUCGUUGAUGACCUAACUCUGCUGCAGAAGAGGACGCAGAAUAAUGUGGCUGCCUUCAAGAUCGUCCAGCAGCUGCAGUUGCUGCAGGUGACUGCCAAUAAUUUCUGUUUUCAACCGGACAGAGACUUUCAGUCCUGGUUCCAAACCAUGAAGCCACUGGACCAGUACAAUAUCCUCAAUUUCUCCUGGGAGCUGGAGCCACCAUUUGAAUAGGCCAAAACAACAUCAAGGCCAAGGAGACCUGUCCUGGGACUGUGUCCACAUUUGAGCUACUUUUAUUUACUCUCCCCUGCCACUCCCUUACACCCCCCUGGAAACCUGUUCAUUUACUCCGCCCUGACACUCCCUUUUCCUGUCAUCUAUAUCCCUUAUUCCUUGCUCCUCAUCCCUGGCUUUCACUUAAA